AUGUCAACAACCCCCACAACCACAUUCACACACUAUGUCAACAACCCCCACAACCACAUUCACACACAAUGUCAACAACCUCCACAACCACAUUCACACACUAUGUCAACAACCUCCACAACCACAUUCACACACUAUGUCAACAACCGCCACAACCACAUUCACACACUAUGUCAACAACCCCCACAACCACAUUCACACACUAUGUCAACAACCCCCACAACCACAUUCACACACUAUGUCAACAACCCCCACAACCACAUCCACACACUAUGUCAACAACCUCCACAACCACAUUCACACACUAUGUCAACAACCUCCACAACCACAUUCACACACUAUGUCAACAACCACCACAACCACAUUCACACACUAUGUCAACAACCCCCACAAACACAUUCACACACUAUGUCAACUACCCCACUAACACAUUCACACACUAUGUCAACAACUGCCACAACCACAUUCACACACUAUGUCAACAACCCCCACAACCACAUUCACACACUAUGUCAACAACCCCCACAACCACAUUCAUACAUUAUGUCAACAACCCCUACAACCACAUUUACACACUAUGUCAACCGCCACAACCACAUUCACACACUAUGUCAACAACCCGCCACAACCACAUUCAGACACUAUGUCAAUAACCCCCACAACCACAUUCACACACUAUGUCAACAACCGCCACAACCACAUUCACACACUAUGUCAACAACCCGCCACAACCACAUUCACACACUAUGUCAACAACCCCCACAACCACAUUCACACAUGCAGUCAACUACCCCACUAACACAUUCACACACUAUGUCAACAACUGCCACAACCACAUUCACACACUAUGUCAACAACCCCCACAACCACAUUCACACACUAUGUCAACAACCCCCACAACCACAUUCACACACUAUGUCAACAACCCCUACAACCACAUUUACACACUAUGUCAACCGCCACAACCACAUUCACACACUAU